AUUUACACUGUAACAUUUUGCAGGACCCAUCAGUCAAUAUUCUUUAACCCAGUUGUUUCAAAUUUGAAAAAUGUAAACGGCAAUGUCAUUCACACAAACUGCAUUUUCUGUUAUAAAGAGAUUAACAUGACACUUCCACACUGUAGGGGCUUUUAACAAAGUUGAUUUCCAAUAUGGUAGGAGAGGUUGUUGUUGUUGAGCGGAUUGUUGUCAUGUCCUCGCAGUGCCUGUAGUGGUGCUGUGAGGAGUCUGCUGUGGAUCCAACAAAAAUCCUCAGCAGCCUGCCUACUGCUUGUAAUUUGCUCUGGAUAGCUUAUAUUUAAAUGCAUCCUUAUUUCAAGAUAUACCGAGCUCGAUGAAGAUCACUGUCAUUAUCCUGUCUCGAAUAUCGAUGCACAAAUAGCCUAGCUGAUUCUAAUAGACAUUUCGGCCGUCUAUCUGGAGCGAAUACCUCACACAGCCCGUACCAAUUCAAGCUGAUGUUGUCAAGAACAAGAGUCACGUGAUGUAUGAAGGCAAACACAUACACUUCUCAGAGGUGGACAAUAAGCCGUUGUGCUCGUACAGCCCAAAGCUCUGCAAGCAGCGCAGACUAAAUGGCUAUGCUUUCUGUAUCCGGCAUGUUCUGGAGGAUAAGACAGCCCCCUUCAAGCAAUGUGAAUAUGUGGCCAAGUACAACAGCCAGCGAUGUACCAACCCCAUCCCCAAGUCGGAGGACCGCAGAUACUGUAACAGCCACCUGCAGGUUCUGGGCUUUAUCCCCAAGAAGGAACGGAAAAAGAAACAUGAUGCUUUGGAGGAAAUGCGCUCACGGGCUCACCUGGAGUCAGUGGCUCUCAACAUAACUGUGCCCUCUCUAGCUCUGAAAGCUCCCAAUGGUCUAGAUGAACUUCCACCAUCUCCUCCCUGUACACGCUUGUUACCCCUCCCUGAUGGGGAACUCCUGGACCCUUUUGCCUUUUAUGAGGAUGACACAGAUGGGGAGGAGGUGGGUACUGCUUGGAAGGGCAGCGCCAUCAAGAAGAAACUACAGAGUCGGCUGGUGCUCAACCAGAAACUUUGCCAUGACACAGACCUCUUCCAGCCACCUCCUGAGCACUUUAGUCCCUCCCCUGCCCCCCGUGUCCUCCCCUCCUCGCCGCUCAACACUCAUCUCCCACGGCAGCAGUCAGGUCUUCUCCAGCCACCCCAGCACUCCAGCGUGACUUCCUUCAUCUUUCCAGGACAGCAGCAGGGUUUAUUAUGCAAUCCACCACCACCUCAGACGGUCAACUUUCUGCCUCCAGGGAUGCCCGCUAAUGCAGCACCCAGUCCAGUGCAACCUUCUGGGCCAUCACUCAGCAGGAAAAUGCCUUUCACUGCUACUCACUUGCCUGUCAGUUGCAAGGACAGUGGCAGUAACAAUCAGCGGCACAUGGUUGUCAUGCGUCCCGCUGCCUUCUCACCUUCUGCCAGCUGCAUGGCCAGGUUGCAACAUCUGGUGCAGCUCUGUGCCAAGACACACGAGGAGCAUGGAGACCUCUUUCCUCAUCUAGGACUGGACUGGUCAGAAGACAGUGCUGAUGAUGAUGAUGAAGAGGAGGCAGAGACAUUUGUUCCUUUCCAGAGCUCUUGGAGACCACAGAAUGGGUUGGAAGAUGACAGCGGUUCCUCACGGAGAACGCGGCUACUUAGGCUUUGCUCCUAUCUCCAGGAGAAAUACAAGCACAUGUGCAGGCAGGAGAGGGCGAGUAUCCGCCAAAAGAGAUACCGCUAUGCCUUCCGCAAAGCCUUGCUGCACGCUGCCAGUAACAACCCCAACUGUGCUGGGCAGCUGAUCCAGGAGUUACGCGGUGCCUCUCGAAGCUCUUCAAGUGUGGCUCCAGCAAGCCAGCAGAACACAGAUACGGGGACCUGCAGUGGCAGCACAAAGGGCCAGGCCUGCAACAACAGGGCUCUGCCCUUCACUCGACACUGCUUUCAGCACAUCCUGUUGAAUCGUUCCCAGCAGCUCUUUGCUAGCUGCACAGCCAGAUUUGCAGAUGGUCAGCAGUGCUCCAUCCCUGUGUUUGAUAUCACGCACCAGACUCCACUCUGUGAAGAGCAUGCCAAAAAAAUGGAUAACUUUCUGCGAGGGGAUGGUAAACGACGAGUGCAGCACCAGCAACAGCGGAAGCCACGUAAAAAGACCAAACCCCCGGCUCUCACCAAAAAACACAAGAAGAAGAGGAGGAGAGGGCCGCGGAGGCCUCAGAAACCCAUCCCUCCAGCGUUGCCACAGGGGAACCUGGGAAUGCCUUCUACAAGCUUAGCAAUGCCGUCACAGGCCAGCAUCAGGAGCCCUUCAACUCCAGACCUGAGUACAGAGGAGCUUCCUGACGAUAUCACCAAUGAAAUGGCAGACAUUCCAAAUGACCUCGAGCUAAACCAGGAGGAUUUCUCCGAUGUGCUACCCAGACUACCUGAUGACCUGCAGGACUUCGACUUGUUUGAAGGUAAAAAUGGGGAAUUAUUGCCCACCACAGAGGAGGCUGAGGAGCUGGUGCGAGCACUGCAGGCUAUGGGGUCUUACCCAGAUUCUUUGGUGUGCCUGACCUCCAUGGGAGACCUGGCCCCAUCUGAAGGAGUGGACCACCGAGCCAUGACUGUGUUCCCUGGGCCAGUCCAGCCGGGGGGCAUGGGGGACCUGCUCAACAGCCGCAUCCCCACAGAGAACUUCACUAGCCUCGAGCUGGAGGACAACCUACUGCAGUCCACUGGGGGUCACUUCCCCCCCUCGCCGCCAUCUCAGCCCGCUAACCAGCCCCAGACGUCAUGCUCCAACCUGACCUCAUCUUCUUCUACAGUAGCCCACUCCACCACCUCCCUUCUCACUCAGACCUCCAUAACAGAGCGAACGUUUUCCCGGGCACACACGUCCCACGUCCUGGCCAAGUCGCAUGCGCCCACAUCAUCACCCCAAGGCAGCCACUACAGCAGUGAGCACGUGCCAUCCCCAUACAGUGACCACAUGUCUUCUCCCCAUGCCAGCUCCUUCCAGACAGACACCCCUCUACUGCUGGAAGUCCCUCUCAGUGGGGUACCAGGACCCCCGCGCUCAUCAUGGAACAAUCUCCCUCUCCCCCUCACAGACCCAACGCAGUUUGGCAAUCUCAUAGGAUCAGAAAGUCAUCUCAUAUCCACCUCUCUGUCCACGCCCCCGGCCACCACCCACUCUGUGACGCUGCAGCCCAUGGCUGCACUCUCAGCGAUGCCCCAGAGUGGCAUGACAGGUUUGACGACAUCCCCUUCCCCCUCAUCCUCCCUCCCAUCCUCUUCACACGAUCUUUUGACCUCCACACAGCCCAAGCAACAGCUCCCACAGUUCAGCGCGGCCUUUGGCCAUCAAUUGGCCUCCCACAGUGGCAUCCCGAAAGACGUGCAGCCCAGCCACAGCUCCACAGCGCCCCCCGCUGGCUUUUCCAUAGUUAGUGCCACCGCUGCAAGUGCCAACAGCGCCACACCACCGUUCACGCAAAGUAAAUGAGAGCAGUCGGCCUGCAGCGGCCACAUGAUGGUCUGUGGACUCACAGUCACUUACAAUUCAAGUCGACUGGCUCCUGAUUGACCAUCCCUCUUCAUCUGCUACAUGUGUGCAAUGUGGUAAUAGUGCACUAUUUGAUAAUGAAUUUGCACAACCUCAGAUUUUCCUCAAUAUUUUCUAUUUCCAUUCUUUUAUUCUGUAGCCAGGCGGUCUCUGGGAUUUUAAGUCAGUGUGAGUCCACUUGUUUGAUGCCUCGUGGUUUCGUCAGCAGGGAGUAACUGUCAGAUUUUGUGAUGAAAUAAACGGGUGAAAAUUGGCGGAAGGACCUUAGCAGAGAUUAUCUGUCACAGUGCUCAGAAUUCGUUGACGUAGAAGCCUCAAUCAGUGGUCAGUUUGUUUGCUUUGCCAGUUCAAGUUUCAAGUUAAUUUCACUUAAAAUCCUGUCUUUAAAUGAUCAACUGUACCCUGCCUUGCUACGAUAGCCCUUGCAUUUCUAAUUUCCCACCUGUUUCAUACACUGCUUCUGUCAACCUCGGAAAAACAAAGAGUACAGGUUGUGAUAUUUGUGACCCAUUAUGUUUCAAGCUAUUUAACUGUUAUCAUGAUAUAGAAUCUUACGGAGUCAGAUUUCACAGUCAUAUCUAUUUACCAAAAUACUUUUAAACAGUUGUUUUUAUAUUGUGUAUACUGUAUAUGUGCUCAUUUAUUGGUUUGCUCAGAUGUCAAAAUCUCUGACCUCACCGUUGGUUGUGGGACUCUGAGUGGCCUAGUAGACACUUGAAGGUAAAUAUAGUUUCUUAAAGCAAUAAAUACAUUAACAUAACUCUAGCAUUGUAAGGCAUUUUAUUGGUCUCAUUACAUGUAGCUUCACUUGCUGGAUCAGGAAUAUAUUUUGGCCUCUAUAACUGUUGCAAACUUUUUUAUUUUACAGCAGUUUCACUCAGAACUAGAGCCUAUACUGACCAGUAAUCAGGUCAGCCUAACUUCUCACACUGAGUGGAUUUUUAAGGCUAAUUUCAGUUUUUCAGAGUUUCAGUGUUAAUAGUAGGGGUGAUGAUGGUGUAAUCCAGGGACUUUAAGUGUCUACUCUCAAAGGUGCUCUCUGGUCCACAUAUACAAUGGUUACUAAUUCAGUGUCAGGACUCUAAAGAAACCCACUAUAAGACAAGGCCAGAAUACCCAGAGAGGGAUUAGGUAGGUGAUUUAAAUGGUAUCAACUGGUGUGUUAAGCAGUGUCUGAUUUACUCUAAAACUCAUAAAAUGAUUUUAAGCUUGAUGCAAAACUAGGGUCUGAUUUUAAUUUUAAAUAAAUAACCACGAGGGCUCCUCCCCUGUCUGUUACCGACUCAUACAGCAGUACAACCAUGGCUUUUGAUAGAUAUUAUAUUAGACAUUUGACAGAUUGUCAGGCGUUGUUGCGUAUUAGAAAUAUAGAGUAGGAAGUCUAUCUUGGGGUUUGUUGGUAAAUUAUUGAGUAGCAAUGGCUUGAAAUUGUUAUUUGCAAUGUAUUCAGUGGAAACUGUCUUGUAGAAUGAGUCUUGUUUUUAAUGGCUAUCAAAAAUGGUUGCAAGUGCAAUGAAAAAUUAAUAAAAACAUUGUUUCAAAAAAUGUUUGCAAGUUGGAGGGAGCAAUGUUUGUAUGCUGUCAUUUAAUUUUCAAAUGAUAUUCUGAUUGGAUAGUAUUUUUGAUAGCUAUUAAAACUCCAGGAAGAAGUUUUGAGAUUUGCAUGGGGAAGCAACCUUUUGUGUGAGAGCAUUAUAUUUUUAGAUUAUGGUCACUGGCUUGAUUCUUGGUGGUAUGAAACAUAGAAAUAUAUGCAUCGCCAUUUCAUUUUGUGGAGAAAAACAGAUUGUUACAGUAUAUUGUUUUUCCAACAGAUUUGCACAGGAGUGGAUGAGGUCGGUGGUGUUUCACAAGUCCCGUGUCUGUCUUGCCUUUUUUUUUUUUUGCUUGGACGCUUAUUAAAUGAACAGCUGCCUACAUUACCAGCUCUGAGCCUGCACCAGAAACCCCCCCCCCCCCCCACUUCCAGCUGUGAGAAGGCCCAGUUCUGUCUCCCUUCCAAAGAGAAAACACAUAAUGAAGUGUAAACCUGUAGCUCCACCAGAGACGACUGGGCUUCUCAGUGACUGCAGUAUUGUAACUAAGUCAUAAACACAGUGCCCAUAAAAGU